AUGUCCUCCUCCAAGAAUGUCGUCUUCGACAUCGUCGGAACUCUCGUAUGCUACGACUACCUCUACGACGCCAUUGACCGCCGUCUAGGCGACCGGCUGCGCGCAGAAGGCAUCAAGCCAUACCUGCUCGGCCAGAUGUGGAUGGAAACAGCCGAGCGCGAGUACACCAAUUUAAGUAUCUCCGGUCGCUACCAGCCCUACGGCACUGUAUUUGAGGCCCUCUUCUAUCGCAUCCUCUUCAUGGGAGGGAUUAAGGAGCCGCGGGAGUUCGCAUCUCCCGCAGACCUCGAGUAUAUCAUGAGCGAGUACACGGGCCUCACUAUACGCCCCGGGGCGGCGGAAUGUGUGCAGAAGCUGCGCGAUGCGGGUUUUACAGUUUGGGCGUUCACUGCUGGUGAUCUCACUCGUGUGGGUGGGUAUUUUGCUAAGGCGGGUGUGCAUAUGCCGGCGGAAAAUUUGCUUUCUUGUGAUUCUGCUGGUGUUGGUAAGCCUGACCUGGCGGCUUAUAAGCCGUUACUGGAUAGGUUGAUGGCAGAGAAUGAGGGGAAGAAGCCUUGGUUUGCGGCGGCUCAUAUGUGGGAUGUUUCUGCUGCGCGGACGGCUGGAUUCAAGGGUGCAUACUGUACUGUGCUUGAGAAUGAGCCAUUGCAGCAGCUCUUUGGCGAUAUGGAUGUCAUUGAUGAUACCCUCCCCGGUAUGGCGGACAAGAUCAUCGCAAGCCAAGCGUCGUGA